GGACGGCGCUGCUGCUGAGAGUUCAGGAUGGGGCAGGUGGAGUUCAGCUGCUUUUCAGCGCUGCUAUUGACACACAGAAGCUUUGGUAAUCACUGUGGAAUUCCUGGUAUGAGAAGGCAGAGCGUCAGGGCAGAGAGAAGAUCCUUGCUGAACAGCUGUAAUGAUGAAGACACUGAUUUUAAUUGUCCUAAUCACCUCUUUGCUGGCUUCAGGGAAGAAAUUUCGAUGGUGCACCCUGUCUGACCUGGAACAAAGAAAGUGUGCUGAGCUCUCCAAAGUGCUGACAGCUGUGCUGCCCCUCACUCCUGCCAGUUCCUUUACCAGGAUUUCUUGCAUCAGAGCCCACAAUACAUAUGACUGCAUUGAUAAAAUCAGGGCAAAUAAAGCAGAUGCUGCCUCCUUGGAUGCUGGAGAUGUUUACUCUGCUGUAAAGCUGUACGGUUUGGCAGUGGUGGCAAAAGAGAUCUAUGAUCAAGGAAAUUGUGUGUUUGCUGUGGCCAUUGCCAAACGAGGAAGUCUGGAUGUCCAGAGGCUGCAAGGUGUGCGCAGCUGUCACAACGGGGCCAGGUGGACAUCAGGCUGGAAUGUUCCCCUUGGCUUUCUCCUGGCAAGAAAUUAUCUUUCCUGGGAUGAGUCCCAGCCUCUGAGCCAAGCAAUUAGUGAGUAUUUCAAUGCAAGCUGCAUCCCUGGGGUUGGUGUUGCUGCUCCCCAGUUGUGUGCUCUCUGCCAAGGACAAAAAUCCUAUGUCAGAGACAGGAACCACUUCUGUGAGACAAGCAGUAAUGAACCCUUCUAUGACUCUGAGGGAGCCUUCAGGUGCUUGAAGGAUGGAGUGGCAGAUGUUGCCUUUUUAGAUCAUCUAAGAAUUAUGAGUGCCACAGAGUCAGAAAAAGAGGAAUAUGAACUCCUGUGUCCUGAUGGAUCCACAGCUGAGCUGACUGAAUACAGCACCUGUAACCUGGGCAAGGGGCCUGGCCGUGGCAUCGUCACCCGCAGCAACUUCCAGAAGAUCACUAACAAAUUUCUGAGCAUGAUCCAACGCCUCUUUGGGCAGAAAGGAAAGGAAAGAGCCCGAUUUGAACUCUUCAGGUCAGCACCCUUUGGGGGAAAGAACCUGCUGUUCCGAGAUGCCACUCAGCACCUGCAGCUUCUCGAGGAGCAGCUGGAGCUUGCCUAUGUCCUUGGUCUGGAUUAUGUGGCUCUCCUUAAGGGGCUCGGCCAUGAAGGCAGCUCCUUGGAGAACAGCGUCGUGCGCUGGUGCUGCAUCAGUGAUGCUGAGCUGAGCAAAUGUGAGGAGUGGGCACUGAACAUCAAAUCCGACCCCUUAGUCUGUGUCCAGGCAACUUCCAUGACCAAAUGCAUUGAAAUGAUCAAGAGUAGUGAGGCUGAUGCUGUCACCCUGGAUGCAACACAUGUGUACAUUGCAGGGAGAUGUGGACUGGUGCCUGUAGCUGCAGAAUGCUAUGGGGGAGAUUGUGCCCCAGCAGCUGAGACCAUGGAGAAAACAGGGAAACUAAUUCAUCUUAAGCACAAAGCACUACCACCAGUUUAUGCUGUUGCCCUAGCUAAGAAAAGUGCCAAACAGAUUCACAUCCAUAACCUGAGGGGAAGGAGAUCCUGCCACAGUCACCUGUACAGUCCUGCAGGAUGGUUACUUCUGUCCAGACACACAGUGCGAGCUCAGCAGAAUGAUACUGAGAACUGUGAUAUUGCCUCUGCUUAUCAGAGUUACUUUUGGAAGGGCUGCAUGCCAGGAGCAGAUGGAAACCUGUGCAAGGUGUGCAUUGGAGAUGGGGAGGUGGAAGGAGCUCGAGUGUCCAGCAGAUGUGCUGCAAGCCACAACGAACGUUACUAUGGCAAUAUGGGAGCACUCAGGUGCCUAGUUGGCAAUCCCAGUGGAAGAAGCUUUGGAGAUGUAGCUUUCCUGGAACACUCAAACCUGCUCCAGAACAUAGAGGAUCUGGGCAGCUCUGGCUGGGCUAGAGGUUAUUCCCCCCUUGACUUUGAGCUCCUGUGCCCGGACGGAACGCGCGCCGCAGUCACAGAAUGGGCUGGCUGUAACCUGGGCCCCGUUCCCCCCAGCGCAGUCAUGACCCGACCAGUCACUGUCACUAAAAUCUCUGACUUCCUGCUGAAAUCUCAGGAAUCUCUGGGAAGCAAAUUGGAUUCUGAAUUCCAGCUCUUUCAGUCCUGGAAGUAUGGUGAAAGUGAUCUGCUUUUCAAGGACACCACUCAGUACCUUGUUCAUGCAAGUCACCUGAGCUAUCAGGAGAUCCUUGGAGAGUCUUUUGUGCAGCUGGCAGAAUCAGUGUUUAAUUGCACACCUGCAGGCAUCUUGGACUUCUGCAAACAGGAUAUCUGUGCAUCCUCAUCCAACUGACAGCUCAUACAGAGGCUUUGCAGGGCACAAAACAUCAGCAUCACUGCUGAGAACAAGGGAAAUGUGCAAGUCCAGCCAAUCCAAAGCAUUCAGCAAGGAAACAGUCAUCUCCAGAAAUGUAUGCUGAACACCUCCUUAUCUUUUUUUUUCAGCAGAUUUUAAGUUUAUGAUGAUGUAAUACUACUCAUAUAUUAUCCCUUUCUUUUUUGGAGCAUGGCAGCAUGGGGAACAGCACAACCAACAGCACAGAACUAGGAUCAGCAUUGUGGAAAGAGCAGGGCCAGUACCAUGGACUAAAAUACAGACUUGGUAGGAGUGGCACAGGUUAGUUGGUAGCAUUUUGCUUUGUUUGUCUUAUAAACAGUUUCCAUGCAAAAACCCCAAUCAGCUGACACUUUGGUAGUUGCAACAUUGUCUUCCUGUAGCUGUGAUUUUGGUUGCAGCUAUACAGCCCCUGCUGAAUGCACAUCUAUAUUUCUUCUUUAACCAAUGAUUUUUUACUAGUAAAUCGAAACAUUUCUUCUCACAAAUAAAUGUAUUAAGACAUUUAACAUCCAGCAGAACUGGAUGCUUGCAGCAAU